UUAAGCAUUGCAGGCUGUAUGUACCGAGUAGUUCAGACGACGGGACCAGAUGGAAAAAACCUUCUGAAAUUACUUCCAAUUUCUAAAUCUUCAGCAAGCUUUGUGCCGAUAGUUCAGUCUUCAGCCAUGCCAAAUAAUUCUAAAGCGAAUAUUUCUAAUCCGGUUCAUCUUACUUUUAAGACCCAGCUUCCCAAUACUACUACACCUUCAUCUGUCAAGAUACCUGUUUUUCAGUCUGCUAAUCCGGGAAAGAUUAUUCUUACAAGGACAAUAGACAAACAGGAAAGUGUUAGAGCAUCUUCUGAAAAAGAAAGUUUGACUACAAAAUCAGCUGCUAACGUCCAAAGCAGUUGUGUUUCAGUGGAUAGACUGUCUUUACAGAACAUUGCUGUAACAAGUUCUUCUAACCAGAGUAACACUGCAUACAUGUUGGUAAACACAAAAAGUCUGCCAGUGUCUGUGAAAACUCCAGUAUUGCCCUCUGACCACCACCUCCAGAUACCAGCUGAUGCAGAAGUGAAAUCUGUUCCAGCUUCUUUUUUGCCACCUGCGAUACAGCAAAAAAUUCUUGCAGCUGCAGCAACGAAUGUAUCUGGAGGAGCGGACAGUACGAACAUGCCAACUGUUAUUUACGUGUCGCCAGUGAACACAGUGAAAACAGUACUUCCCAAGCGUCUGCAAACCAUUUGCCCCAAACCUGCCACAGAAGUUUCAAAACCAUUAAUAAUGACAGCUGCACAAAAGGCGAGUAGUUCUCAUCCAGAAACAGUGACAUCUGAUGGUCAGCAGUGCCAGCAAGCUCCAGUGAAAUGGAUUGUGCAGUCGCGUUCACAGUCGUCAGCGCCUUGCCUUAUUCCGGUAAAGUCAUCAAAUAACGUGGCUUCCAAGAUCCUGAAAACAUUAGCAGAUAUGAAAAAUGUAGAAGACAAUUCCGCAAAUAUUUUACCGCUUUGUUCCAGUAGCUCUGCUGGAAGCCAAAGAAAAAUCACCUCUGUUAAAGAUAACGCUCUGGUCAUGUAUAAUGGGAAAGUCUAUUUGUUGACUAAUAGAGGCUCUGACGUUUUGACAGCCCAAGCUGACAAACAAGCGAUAUCUUCUGAUGCUUCACUUAGAAAGGAGGCGUCCAAACUAAUGGAUUCUAAUGCAGUCACUAAAAUAACCAGUAAAGUGGUGAAUCUCGUCUUGUCAAAAAACAAAGGAGUGGUGCUGUCUCAGAAAGAUCUGAAAAUGUGUCUAAAUUCGGAAGUUGCUUCAGCAGCUGAUUUAAGAAAAGACUUGAAGUCUGCACCUGCAGUUCCGGUGACACCAAGUACUGAUCAGCAGAAUUCCACUGUAAACCAGGAUAAGAGUUUGCCCAUCACCCAGAGCAUUUCAAGUGGAGUGACCCCUAUUACCAAAGUAGGGACCCAGAAAAAUGUAUGCCAGAAUGACAAAGAGAAGAGCCCUUCUCCCAAAGCAGCCACGUCUGCUUUACCUCACUCUAAACAAAAGAGUGCUUUCGGUGAAGAAUGUCAAAAGAUCCAGUUUGAGAAGAUGGAUUCACCAGGAAAGGUUAUUCAAAUCAAACACCAAGAGAAGCCACAUUGGAAACAAUACAUGGAAUUAAGGAAAAAAUUUGGCCUCUCUAAAGAGGAGAGAGUAUACCUUAGGAGAAUACCCUUAAAGACCUCCUGUGAGAUAUCGGAAGGAGUGUGUUCCAGUAAUAGCUCAAAAAGGAGAAAUGAUUCUAGCAGUUCAUCGUCAUUAGAUUUGGAAAUAAUAAGUCAACCUCAAGAAUGUGUUGAACAGCAAAAGAUAAUUGUGGAUCUGGAAGAGGAUUUGUCUAAGAAAAGAAAACUGAAAUCCUCACCACUGUCAGACACGGGAAAAAGAAGGAAAACAUCAGUCAGAUCAACCACGAGUACAAACCCAGACAAAAGUAGCCCCAGUUCUGUAGUACUUAAUGAAAGUGUUUCACCUCCACCAGUCCUGGUGCAGCAGAGUAUUUCCACAGGCUCUGUUUUAUCUCCCCUGGGAAGGGAGUCUGAGCAAGACCCAUGCUCUCAAAAUAGUGACAUUACAGACUCAAGUAUUCCGAUUUUAGUGUCUUGUGAAAAUGAUGUUUCAGCUAUUGAAGGUUCCUUCAGAGAUGACACUUUCCCUUUGACUCCCCCAGACUUGGAUGAAACAAUUAGGGAUGAAAAAAUAAAACGACUUAAGCAGCUCUUAAGAGAACGAGAAGCAGCACUAGAAGAAAUGCGCAGAAAGAUGCAGCAAACCUGAAAUACUGAAUCUGAUCUGGAAGACAUUCAGCUUCACUUCAGUGACUGCCACAAGGAAUUCUAUGC